CCAGGAGGGUUUGGCGACUCUCCCUCUCCUUCCCCCGUUGGACCCGAGCUCCUGAGACUUUGCUCCGAAAAAUCUGUUGGACGCUCAGAGGCGUCCAAGAAAACUUCUUCUUGGUUGACUGGCAGCGCGGUGCAAGAAGGGUGCAGAGCAUGCAGUAGGGGCCAGCACCCAGGUGCAAGACUGCAGGCAACUUUCUAUUCGGAACUGCAGGCAGGGUCCUGCCUUUGAUAAGAGGAUGGUUUCCACAGGAACUGAAAUGAAAGACCCUGAAAACUAUCACAAAGACAGCUUUGUCCAACUUCACAAUCCAAAUGUGGCAACAAUGAAGGAAGAUAUUCUCUACCAUUUUGGUCUCAGUACUGGCACCCAUGACUUCCCAGCGAUGUUUGGAGAUGUAAAGUUUGUGUGCGUUGGGGGCACCCCUUCCCGAAUGAAAACCUUCAGCAGAUACUUGGCUGUGGAGCUGGGCCUUGCCCAGGCAGGUAUAGAGUACAGCAACAUCUGCGAGGCUACUGACCGUUAUGCUAUGUUCAAAGUAGGACCAGUGCUAUGUGUGAGCCAUGGAAUGGGCAUACCUUCUAUUGCCAUCAUGUUGCAUGAACUCAUCAAGCUGCUGUACCAUGCCAGAUGCUCUGGCAUCACCAUCAUCCGCAUUGGCACCUCUGGAGGGAUAGGGCUAGAACCUGGAUCUGUGGUCAUCACUCAGCAGGCUGUGGAUGCUUACUUCAAACCGGAGUUUGAACAGGUGGUCCUGGGGAAGCGCGUGGUUCGGAGCACCGAGUUGGAUGAGCAGCUUGUGCAGGAGCUAGUUAAGUGCUCUGGCGAUUUGAAUGAAUUCCCCGUUGUUGUGGGGAAUACCAUGUGUACCCUGGACUUCUAUGAAGGGCAAGGUCGUCUGGAUGGUGCUCUCUGCGGCUACACAGAGAAGGAAAAGCAGGAAUAUUUAAAUGCAGCCUAUAUGGCAGGUGUCCGAAAUAUUGAGAUGGAGUCAUCUGUCUUCGCAGCCAUGUGCAGAGUGUGUGGUCUUCGAGCGGCUGUCGUUUGUGUCACUCUCUUGAAUCGCCUCAAAGGGGAUCAGAUCAGCAGCCCCCAUGAGGUACUUACUGAAUAUCAGCAGCGGCCUCAACGCCUGGUGGCCUACUUCAUCAAGAAGAGUCUUGGCAUGUCCUGAAUUCUCCUUUGGCAAGAGAUUGAAUGGUUAUGUUUGCUUGAAAUAAAAUUAUCAUUAACUC